AUGUCCCUCCUCCAGAAUGAAGACUUCGUCCUGUACCAGCUGCGCACCGCCUACCUCGCCUCCAUCAAGGACGGCGUGGGCGAGCGCCUGAUCAGCGUCAAUGCCAGCGUUCUCAACCAGGUCGGCUUCCGCGCCGCCGGAUGGGCCCCGAACCCCGCCGACAUCAGGCGCACCUACUCGCCGCCCAUCCCCACGGCAAUCACGUCCGAGUACUUCCAGGCCCCGCGCUCCGCCGCCCUCCACGCCCCCGACGGCUUCGGCGACGACGAGGACGAGGGCGGCAUGGUCACGGGCGCCGCCACCAGCAACGACACCCUGGGCCCCACCCUGAACGCGAGGCGCCGCCGUCGCAAGGAGCUGCUCGACGAGGACGACAGCAGCGACCUGAGCGACGAGUCCGACGACGAUGACGCCCCCGACCGCCCGGCCAACCAGAUCAAGUUCACCAAGAUGCCCCUGCGCACCCGCUCUGGCUCCUCGCCCGUCCGCGGCUCUGCACUGCGCAACGAGCUGCCCGACGCCCGCGACACCCUCGACACCCUCGACGCCCUCGACACCCUCGACGCCCUCGACGCCCCGGACCCCGCCGACCAGCCGUCCGUCGUGCUCACCUCGCCCUCGCGCCCGCCCGACUCCCUCCUGCCCCGCGGCUCCCUCGGCGCCGUCGACAUGGUCAAGGGCCGCGCCCGCAGAGACACCAUCACCAGCAGCGACAUGUCCUCGGAGAACGAGUUCGACAACUCGGGCUUCCAGAAACGACGCAUCAAGCACGUGCGCAAAGCCGCGAGCUCACACCAGCUGCUGCCCGCCCGCAUCCGCCCAGACGACGCCGAGCCAGACGGCCGCCUGGAAGCCCUGCACGAGGGCAACGAGUCGGACAGCUCCCUCAGCUCAGAGUUCUCGGGCUCCGCUGACAGCGGCUCGCUCAUGGGCCAUGCCCGCCAUCCACUCGACUCGUCGCCCUCGGCCGAUCUCCGCAACAUGCCCGCAUUGACCCCCUUCAACAACCAAUCUCCAAAGAGGAAGAGAGAGCCGCCCCAGCCGACCCUCCAGGCGCUGCCCCCACCCAGGCCCAUUAGCUUCAUCCUCCCCGUGAGCGCCCUGACGCAGGCCCUCCAAGCCAAGUCGUCGAAGCCAUCCAACCCUCUGCAACGCUUCGCCGUCUGGAACGCUGCCAGCGAGGCUCAGUCGAAUCCUCUGUAUCUGAAGCUGUACCUGCCCUUUUCUGCAAAGCCGUUGAAGCCAGUGGAGCUUCUCCUGCGCAAGUUCAACGACAAGGGCGAACCCAUCACCGUAGCCGAGGCGAUUGGCUAUGCACUGCAUCGUUAUCAGGAAGAGAAAAUGGAGCCGCCUCUGGCGCCCGACAAAUGCAACGUCAAUGGCUGGGUCAUGCGCAUGUGGGACGACGAUGAAGUCGACGACGAGUUCCCGCCCUUGACCAGGAACAAGCCGCUGAAGGACUUCGCCUCCAACAAUGCUCGUGGCAUGCGUCCCCGCGCGCGAGACAAGCCUUGGGAUGAGUUUGCUUUGGUCGAGGCUUCACAGCGAGAGAUGGCCGAGAACGACAAGGUGACGCCCAUCUACAGCGAGGAAGCAGCUGCCGCAGUCACCACUUCGCACAAGGACACCUCGGAAGACAAGGAAGAGCCGGAGCCCGAACAAACCGCAAAGCCGAUGCCCAGCCGUGCCAAAAGCUUUCGCAAUCCCAUCACAGGACCUUCUUUUGCGCCCAAAGCAACCCGCAAAGAUACGAGCACUCUCGCAGAUGCCCCGACAACCUCGUCAUCCCACGCUGCAAGCCGUAUCGGUGCGCCCAAAACGGUCAACGUGCACUUUACUGACGAAAACUUCAAUACAAAGCAUAUACCGGUACCCUGUACAACGGACACGUAUAUCGACGAGAUCUUCGACAAAGUGUGUCACGAUCUACACCUGGACAAGGCUCUGUAUUUGCUCAAAGUCAGCCAAUCCACCACAGUCGCACCCUUGGACCGUACAGUCGAGGCGCUGGGCAAGCAUGCAGAUGUUGAUCUGCUGCGCAGGCGCUUUGUGGCAGAUGGCAUCAUGGGUCUCUCUGGUAGCCCCGGGUCCUCUUCUCCCAACGCACCGCUGAUCAUCAGCACGGGUGGUGCUCCAAAGAAAACCAAAAAGGGCGAUAGAGUGCACGCUGCUGUCUCAGGACACCAGCUCAUCCAUCCUCUAGCAAGGCAUGCCGACGCCUCCGCUCUCGCACUGACGUCAACGGGCUACUACCGCCGCUACGCCGUGCUUCGUAAGCAACCCAUGUCAUUUGCAUCGUCAACAUCUCGCAUCAUCGCGCUUGACAACGAAUACAUUCACAUUAUGCCUGGCGAGUCCGGACGACGUGCCGGAGCCGUGGGUGGGGUUAUCGAAGGGCAAGGCAAAACCACAACGGUACACUUCAGCAGCGUAGUGGGUACCAAGGUCAGCAAGAAGCACCCAAAGACGGUCAGGCUGCUGGUGUACAGAGAGAAGGAAACGAAGCGGUACGACUUUGAGGCAGCGAGCGUGGAUGAGGCUGCAGACAUUGUCAAAGAAAUCAGAAAGGGAGUCGAACGAUUCCAGGAGGGUAUAGUAUAG